AUGAUUGGCUUAAACCAAUGCUUCGGGCACGGCAAAAGAGGUCAAGCAGAAAUACGAGAGAAAAAGAUUCGCUCUUGUCGACCCGCCAAACAGUUGGCAUCAAAAGCCAAAAACAUCAAGCACCGGCCAGCAGUUGUCGUUCGAUCCCGUCGCCUUGCUUUGCCCAAGCUCUUUCUUUACCCCCUCUUGGUCCUUGUGUGGGAAGCUUACCUUGAGGCAUUUGAGCUUAACCUUGUCGGACUCUUUCCCUCACCCAACCUUGACCAUGCCUCCCACACCAACACCAAUACUGCAACGAGGCAGGCGGAAGAGGAUGAGGAUGACGAGGUGGCCGACGACGACGACAAUAACAAUAGAAGCAGUUGCUUAGGACUAGCAUCUGGUCUCUGCCUACGACCUUGCACACGCCAUAUGGCAUCCUCUGGUCCUCGGCAUAAUGUGCUCAUGGUAGUGCCGACUUACAGCAGAACGGCCAACUCAUGCCAAGCAUCUACGGAUAGCAAUACCAACACCGGCACAAAUGCCAAGCCAGAGAUGGCGGUUGAUGAGAUAGCAUCACAAGGUACUGGAGAGUGGAAGAGCCACAGCAAUAACACGCCCAGAGAUACCGUACGGGUAGAAAGAGCGCAGCAAGUCUUGGCAGGCUUGGUCUAA